AUGCGGGCAGUGACUUGUUCCCCUCUCAAGUCCCUCCCUGGCAGGCCUGCGCCCAGCCAGGUGGAGGACACCCUGUCUGGGGAGGAGGGUAACGAAGAGGAAGAGGAGGAGGAGGCAGCUCCAGACCCAGCUGCUGCUCCUGAGGAUCCCACGGUGCCCCAGCUGACAGAAGCCAGCCAGGUUUUGAGUGCCUCGGAGAUUCGGCAGCUCAGCUUUCACUUCCCACCAAGAGUCACCGGCCAUCCCUGGAGUCUGGUCUUCUGCACGUCAAGGGACGGUUUCAGCCUGCAGAGCCUGUACCGGAGGAUGGAGGGCUGCAGCGGGCCAGUGCUGCUGGUGCUCAGGGACCAGGACGGGCAGAUAUUUGGAGCCUUCUCCUCCUCGGCUAUCCAACUCAGCAAAGGCUUCUAUGGUACUGGCGAGACAUUCCUCUUCUCCUUCUCCCCACAGCUGAAGGUCUUUAAGUGGACUGGAAGCAACUCUUUCUUUGUGAAGGGAGACUUGGAUUCACUGAUGAUGGGCAGUGGCAGUGGCCGGUUUGGGCUGUGGUUGGAUGGAGACUUGUUUCACGGGGGAAGCUCCCCUUGCCCGACCUUCAACAACGAGGUGCUGGCCCGGCAGGAGCAGUUCUGCAUCCAGGAGCUGGAGGCUUGGCUUCUCAGCUGACAGCCCUGCGGCAACAGGUA